AUGGUGGCGAGUAUGGGAUAUUCCCUCUCGUGCGUGGACCACCAUCUCAAGACGUCAAAUUGUAUACCACCUACAUUUUUGAAAGCAAAUAACUACGACAAUGCGUCAAUUCAUCCCUAUGGGGGCUUUUUCACGGUUAAAUUCUCGAAGCUGGACAAUAAAAGGAAAGCCAAGGAGAAGGCUGUUUUAGAGCUAUCAACAAGUCAUAUUAGACUUCGUGAAUGGAAUCGCUAUUUCAACCCCUAUAAGGAUGCUUCUUCUUUAACUGAGCUUUGGAUGCGCAUUUAUUAUCUGUCUAUGUGGACUCAGGAGAUUAUAGUAGGGAUUGGUUAUGAGUUGGGACGUCCAUUAUGUAUUGAUCACGUCUCUGCGCAUGGAGUAGUGGGGCACUUUGCUCGUGUUCUGGUCGAAGUGGAUAUGGCGCAGCCUUUUCUGGAAUCGAUGUAUAUUGAUGAUGAUAACAACGCUUUUUACAUUGAACUUGGUUUUGAAACUUUGUCGUUGUAUUGCUCGCAUUGUAAAAUUACAGGCCACUCUACGGAUAAAUGUCGGAAGGUGCUGAAAUCCAAAGUUGAUGAAGGAGAAAACAAAGCUGCAAUUGUUGCCGCCCCCAAACCGAAGAAACCCCGGGGUAUAACGAAGCCCGCUUAG